CAAGAUCACCUCUCCACAAUACUGCAUUCAAAUCUCCCCAUCUUACAACAAUUAUCAUCCUGUACCACUUUGUUUGGGUCAGCCUCAGGAUCUGUUCACAUCAGUCUAAAGGACUACAGUCUCGAACGACUCGAUCUUCUUCUCCUACUCCUCCUCGUUUACCCAUCUCCGACCGUCUCGUUCGGCUUGGAGUGUGUUCCUGGGGAGCUGUGGAGAUGAGCAGCGUGGCGAGAACAGCGCUGAGGAUGCUGGGCGUGUGUGUGUGCCUGUCCGUAGCUCAGGCACACAUAUGGGCCUGGAUGCUGGCCAUGCCCUACACCCCUCCAGAGGGUGGGCCUCUGAGACACAGGGAGAGGGAACCAGAGAGCCUGCCGCUCAGCCACAAAGCAGACUCGGUGGCCUGCGAGCAUGACCGGGCGUGUGGGAAAGGCUUCUCCUGUGACCGCCAUUUUGGCCGCUGUGUCCCACUGAGACAGGAGGGUCAGUUCUGCCGACGGGACGCCCAGUGUGUGCGCAGCCUGCACUGUAUGUUUGGGAAGUGCCUGCGCAGCAUCCCCGGAGGACAAGAGGGUGCCAGGUGUAAGGUGGACAGGGACUGUGGGUCCUCCAUGUGCUGUGCCCGUCACCAUGGUGAGCAGGUGUGCAAGCGGAAGCUGGCGCCGGGCGAGGGAUGCUUCGUGCCCGACGGUGGCCUGGCCUUCAGCAUCAACCAGGUGUGCCCGUGUGACGAGGGACUGCUGUGCCAGGGGGGUGGAGAACCGCCACGGAGAGAGAGAGAAUUUGUGUACAGCCCUGAACCAACCACCUGGACCUGUCAAGCCUCGAAGCCCUAAAAACAAAACCGUCUACACAAAUGUAUUUAUUUAGCAACAAGCUGGUGUAUAUAU